AUGCGUUUUUCAUCUUUUCUCCCCGCAGUCCUGGCCAUUGCCCCUCUAGCUCUCGCAGUCCCCGAGCCCGCUCCCAUCCCCAUUCCCAACCCCAUCGCCGACGCUGCCCCCGCCACCAGCACCGGCCUCCUCUCCGACCUCCCCGCCAUCCUAAGCGGUGCCGAAUCUCUGCUCGACAAGGACACCGUUUCCAAGCUUGAAAUCAUCAUAGAUGGAGCGGCUCGAUUACUCUCACCGGACAAUAUCAGGGUUCUUCAGGAGAUUCUUGGGAAUGCGCAUAGUCUGUUGACGAAGGAAUUUGUGGAUAAUACGACGACUUUGAUUGGAGAUGCUACGCCAUUGGUGGAGAAUGUGUCGAAUCUUCUCGGGGGCUUGUUGGGCUCAAUGUAG